GGAAGGGUAUUUGUGGAUGCAAGCAUUUCUUAUAUUCUUAUUUUUCACUGGCUCCUAAUCUUUCUCAAAUAAAGCGAGAGGUUAGUUUCAGAGGAAGAUGGGCUGUGGGUGGGAGCCCUACAUUUUGAGUUGGGCAAGAGUCCACGGGAGAUGUUGAGCCAAUGAUCAUGGGGCAAGGAGAUUUGAGGAACAUGCCCUCGAGUUGACAUAAAUGGAAAAGAAGGCAGAGGUGGGCUAUAGGCUAUAGGCCAUGGGCCCAACGACUUGAAGAGAUAAGCGCAGCUUGUACAGAGUGGCAGCAGAUGUACCGGUUACAGGGAAAGCCUAGGGACCAGGGCGGUGGCUGAGGAUGUUCUUCGACGCAUUAUUUCCUCCCUACCGGAAGAGGGCGCUGCGUCCAGGCGCCGAGAGAAAGAAGACCGGGAAGGUGAAGCAAGGCCGCGCUGGGCGCUGACGCAUGCGCACAGUUAAUUGCGCCCGGUUCGGCUCCCCUUUCUUGGCCAGAGGCGCCGACUGGACUCACGGCCGGGGCAUGAUGGUGGUGGGUACAGGCACGUCGCUGGCGCUCUCCUCUCUCCUGUCCCUGUUGCUCUUCGCUGGGAUGCAGAUGUACAGCCGCCAGCUGGCCUCCACCGAGUGGCUCACCAUUCAGGGGGGCCUGCUUGGCUCCGGCCUCUUCGUCUUCUCUCUCACUGCCUUCAAUAAUCUGGAGAAUCUUGUCUUUGGCAAAGGAUUCCAAGCAAAGAUUUUCCCUGAGAUUCUCCUCUGCCUCCUGUUGGCUCUCUUUGCAUCUGGCCUCAUCCACCGAGUCUGUGUCACCACCUGCUUCAUCUUCUCUAUGGUCGGUCUGUACUACAUCAACAAGAUCUCUUCCACCCUGUACCAGGCAACAGCUCCAGUCCUCACACCAGCUAAGGUCACGGGCAAGGGCAAGAAGAGAAACUAACCUUGAAUGUUCAAUAAAGUUCGUUCUUUUUA